AUGGCUGGGCGUCGCGGAUCCCGGGCCCCUGGGGUUCCCGACCCUUCAGACGGCCCGAAACGCUCCCGCCGCCCCUUCCCGUACGGCUCUUACCCGGGCUCGGCGUCCCAAGCCGCUCCGGUCCAGCUCCAAGCAGGCCGCGGGCAGAGCCAGGCCCGGCCGCGGCCCUCGAGUUCCCAGGAAGCCGCAGGCCGCGCAGGUCGAGCCGGGCAGGCGACACAGGAAAAGCCCUGUCUCGUUCCUCCCCUUCCUCCGCAGAGACCUGGUGACAAGGAAGCGAGAGGUUCCCCUGAGCGGCGCAGGUCCCGUCCCCCCGCACGCGGCUCCUCAGGCCCUGCAGUUCAGACGGAGGCCCGCACGGUGCUGCCGGCGGCGGCGGGGACAGGCCGCGUCCAUCGCGAUCCAGGAGGGGGAAGGGAGGAGGGCCGAGCGAGCGCCGGGCGGGGAAGCAGCCGAGGGCAGCGCGGCCCGGCGGAGGCGGGGCGAGUCCGCGCUCCCGGCGGCGACCCCACGGGUGGCCACCUGGGGCGCUGCGGAGACGGCGGACCCCAGCGGGCGGCCCGGCGCUUUGGGCCCGCGGCCUGGGGCUCGCUCGGCCGCCCGCCCCGGCGUCCUUCUCGCCGCGCUGUCACCCGGAGCGCGCCCCCGGCACCGCGCACACCGUGCGCGCACGUUCGGCUGGCUGGGCCCGGGCCUGGCACGGGGCGAGCUGCACCGCCCCGCGCCCGCGACCUGGCGCCGCCGCCGCCGCCGCCGCGACCCCUGCCCCGCCGGUCUCCCUGCUGUCCCGAGGGCGUCGCGGGGUGGGGUGGGGAAAGCGCUUCCCUUUGGCCCUGGGAAGCGCGCACCCCGCAGGUCUCUCCAGAAAGAGCCUCUCACCGCAGCCCGGGAAAUGGGUGCUGCGCUAAGCCAGCUGCGUUGCGCAGUGGAACUGGAGGUUGAACUCAGGACCUGGUGCUUGCUAGGAGACAGUCUACCACUUCAGCUACACCUCCAGCCUUUUUGGUAUUGUUUCCCUGCCCCCUACCCAUCCUUUCC